CGCCUCCUACGUGGUCUGGAAGUCCCAGGGUGAUUUUACUUGGAACAGCAUGUCUGGGCGCAGCGUUCGGCUGAAGUCGGUUCCGGUGCAGAGCCUCUCCGAGUUGGAACGGACCCGACUGCAGGAAGUGGCUUUUUAUCAGUUGCAGCAGGACUGUGACCUGAGUUGUCAGAUCACCAUUCCCAAAGAUGGACAGAAGAGAAAGAAAUCUUUAAGAAAGAAGUUGGAUUCACUGGGAAAGGAGAAAAACAAAGACAGAGAAUUCAUACCCCAGGCUUUCGGAAUGCCAUUAUCCCAAGUCAUUGCUAACGACCGGGCCUACAAGCUAAAGCAAGAUUCUCAGAAAGAGGAGCAGAGAGAUGCAUCUGAUUUUGUGGCCUCUCUUUUGCCAUUUGGAACCAAAAGACAAAACAAAGAACUCUCAAGCAGUAACUCAUCUCUUAGCUCAACUUCAGAAACACCCAAUGAAUCCACCUCCCCCAACACACCAGAGCCAGCUCCACGUGCCAGGAGGAGGGGUGCAAUGUCUGUGGACUCUAUUACAGAUCUUGAUGACAAUCAGUCACGACUGCUAGAAGCCCUACAGCUCUCUUUGCCGGCUGAGGCUCAGAGCAAGAAAGAAAAGGCCAGAGACAAGAAACUCAGCUUAAACCCUAUUUACAGACAGGUUCCCAGGCUUGUGGACAGCUGCUGUCUGCAUUUGGAAAAGUACGGCCUCCAGACAGUGGGAAUAUUUAGAGUCGGAAGCUCAAAAAAGAGAGUCAGACAGUUGCGAGAGGAAUUUGACCGUGGUAUUGAUGUUUCCUUGGAAGAGGAGCACAGUGUCCACGAUGUUGCUGCUUUGUUAAAGGAGUUUCUGAGAGAUAUGCCAGAUCCGCUUCUCACCAGAGAACUCUACACGGCUUUCAUCAAUACUCUUCCUUUGGAGCCAGAAGAGCAGCUCAGCACCUUACAACUUCUCAUUUACCUUCUACCUCCCUGCAAUUGUGACACCCUCCACAGGCUUCUCCAGUUCCUCUCCACGGUGGCCCGACAUGCGGAGGACAGCGUAAGCAAAGAUGGACAGGAGAUCACCGGGAACAAAAUGACAUCCCUGAACCUGGCUACCAUCUUUGGGCCCAACCUGCUCCACAAGCAGAAGUCUUCAGACAAAGAGUUCUCAGUCCAGAGUUCUGCCAGAGCCGAGGAGAGCACAGCCAUUAUCGCGGUGGUGCAGAAGAUGAUUGAAAGCUAUGAAACGCUUUUCAUGGUUCCUCCGGACCUUCAGAAUGAAGUUCUGAUUAGCCUGCUAGAGACCGACCCCGAUGUGGUGGACUAUUUGCUUAGAAGAAAAGCCUCCCAGUCAUCAAGCCCUGACUUGCUGAGAUCCGAAGAAUCUUUCUCCUUGGAAGGAAGACAUUCAUCUACCGACUCUAAUAAAGCUUCCAGUGGCGACAUCUCCCCUUAUGACAAUAACUCCCCGGUGCUCUCAGAGCGGUCGCUGCUGGCUCUGCAGGAAGACACCUUCCCCGGUUCGGAGAAGCUGUACAAGGUGCCCGAACAAUACAUGCUGGUUGGCCACUUGCAGUCUAAGUCAAGGGAAAGUUCUCCUGGACCGUGGGCUGGAAAAGAUGUGUCAGAGGAGUGCUUCAACAUCUGGGGCACGUGGCAUUCGACUCUGAAAUGUGGAUCCAAAGACCCGGGAAUGACAGGUUCCCACGGAAACAUUUUCGAAAGCAGCUCCCUGCGGCCGGGAUACUGCUCGCUCUCCCAGGGGAACCUCUCUCUGAACUGGCCUCCGGGCCCAGGGGGCCCGACGGAAUUGGACCGUGGGACGCCGGUGAUCCGAAGGACUCAGACCACCGCUGCCAUCCCCGAGUGCAAACCCCACGCCCCUGUGUCACGGGUCUGCAGCACCCCCCAGAUCCAGGGAAGCAGGAAGAGCUCCGAACCCUCCAGCCCCAGGUCCGAGCAGUAUUUGACCCUGAGCAGCGCAGAAGACCUCACGGAGAGCGACUCGGACACGGCCUGGCUCCAGACGCCAGCCAACCCUCCGUAUCAGAGGUCGGGAGAGAGCGGCGGAGACGGCAAGAGACUGCCGCCUCCUUACCCCGGCCCAGGAAAGCCAAGCCCGGCGUCCCCUCAGCAGCCCGGCGGGUCUGCGGCCGAGCAGCUGCUGUGGAGACGGCAGAGUCCAGAGGAGAGCCCAGGACCAGAAGGAGGGUCAAGGACCGUUUCUGCCGGCCACUCGGCCUUCGGUCGAGAGCAGCUGGCCCGCCAGAAGAAACUGGGCAGUGCCCAGUCAGUCCCAGCUGGCAAGCAGAACAGUAAAAACCUGACAGAACCAGACUGGCACGAUUGGCAGAGAGAGCGAUGGCAGAUCUGGGAGCUCUUAUCCACCGAUAAUCCCGACGCCCUUCCGGAAACCCUCGUAUGAUCCCCUUCCCACCCUGAACUGCCACAAGCGCCCCUCUUCCCCCAACUUCCCUCCAGGAGGAAAGGAACGGUGGUUUCCCCACAGCCGGGAAUGUCCUUAGUUUUCUCUACACCAACUAGACUUCAUUUAAAGGGUUGUCUUUCUUUUUAACUCUGUUCGCUUUAAGACUCUUCACAGCACUGUCCAGGUGUCCAUUUAUAAAUAUGUUUCUAUUGUGUAGCUGCCAGCAUCUAAAGAGAGAAGAAUGGAUGAAAAUUUCCAGUUUAACAACUCCACAGACAUCGGCUGGGUGUAAGAUAAAACUGUUGCUUUCUUGUAGCAAAACUGUAUUUAUAUAACCGCGGACUUGAUGAUUGUAUAUUCUGUAUUGGGUUAUGUAUGAUAAUCAAAUAUUAUUUGUUCACCAACAGAAAAACAAAAGGAACAAUUUUGACUGUUGUAUUUUGUUUUUCAAUCACCGCACUUAUGUUACCCCCGAGGAGCAUUGGAAUCCUACACCAAAUGCACAAGCAGGUAUCUGUGCUUUUUACCUCACCUCCUCUAGCAAGAAGCGACAUCCUUCUUUCACUGCCUGAAGAAAACACUAAACACGAGUAAAUACGAAAAGCCAUAUUUUGUACAAUAGUUGUAGUGACCUAGGAAAAAUAUAGACACCCAGUACUUUUUCUUAUAAAUAUGAUUUUUGAGGAAACUUUAUAAUUUGAUACCGUAUAAGAAUAUUUUUUUAGAUUCUAUUAGAAACUAUUCAUCUAAUCAAUUAAGAGGAAGGCCGUGCCUACCGUAAAAGAAAGAUUAAUCCAAAAGUUCUCCCUUCCAUGCUAGGCCAAGUACGGUUUUAUAGAAACAAUAUAUAAUAUAUAUAUUUAUAAUGUAUGAUUUUAUGUAUUUUUUUCAAAGCUACAAACUGGAAUCAAACUACAAUCCAAAAAAAAAAUCUAAAUUUUCCUGUGAAAAUUACACAGCGAUAUGGCUUUUCCUUUUACCCAAUAAGCAUUCAGUAUUAAAAAGCAGUCUAGGGGAUAAAGACAGGGAUUCAGCUAUACUUUUGAAAGAGAGCCUUAUGCAGUGUUUUCUGAAAUCGGUGAUUUAGGAAAGACCCUGGCUCUGUUUUAAAUUUCUGCCAAAGGUUGAGGAAAUGUGUCAAAUGAUUUUACGUUGCAAUGCAAAAAGUUAAUACUACAGUACUCAAGUUUUGGUGUUUUUCAGUUGCAGAACCAUUUAUGACCAGUAUUUUAAGAGAUUUUUUUUUUCACUAACGGGAAAGUGUAUCAUAUACAAGAUUUUUAUAAAACGUGCUAGUCUUAAUUUUCAUGACAUUGAUGACUUUUUCAGUGAUGUCAUCUUUAAGUUCUAU